AUGACUUCAACAGCGCCCGCAAGGAGUCCUCCUGAAGGAACUGAAGGAGGGGCAUCCUCAAGCACCAAAAUCACUGCGCCAACUUUCCACGGCUUCCCAAAACUACCUCCGGAGCUCCGAGUCAAGAUCUGGAAAGCAGCAUGCCUGCCUCGAACUGACAACGACCACGGCAUCCAGUACAUCACCGUCGACGUUGUGGUAAAGGACGGGGUUGAUGAAGAUGUUGUCAUUUUGAACGAAAACCUCGACGGUUACGACGCCAACGCUCGAGUGGACCGCGAUGCGAAUGGAUAUGUCGUGCUGAGAGCCUUGGCUCACACCAAAAAUCGAUCUGUCAACACCCCGACAACUUCAAACGAUUACAAGGAAUCUGCCUACCUAUGGGAUGCAGGUCUCUGGAUUGCCUGCAGAGAGUCCAGAAAUGCCAUCGCCAAGCAUCUGGAUAUCGACGCACGCCUGCAAGUCGGUGACAGCGAGAUCAAGAAAUGUCCUGUCUCAUGGUACAAGAAGAAAUUCCUAUCAACUCUCGUCCCGCAUAAGAAAGACAAGGUCUGGCGCCCAAUGGUGGUCCCUCGCAGCGACAUCUUCUGUAUCGCCGCCGGUCCCCUCAGAGCUUUACCAAAGAACCCGCACGGCAUGAAGCCAUUGGCCCCAUUCCUUGGUCAGCGGAACUUCACCAUUACCGAAGACUGGAAAAUAGCUUUCAAGUUCGACAGCGGCUGGAACAAGGGCUUCCCACGCACUCUCCGCAAACUGCAGAGAGAGAAUUCCCCACGAGGCUUGUUGGCGAACUAG